GAUAUUUACAUAAAUUAGGCACAUUCUAAUAAUAAUACUGAUACAUUAAUAGGUGAAUGAAAACAGGCAGCCAAAUAGGCGUAAGCAGGGCUUCACUAGCAAUGGAAAAAUCGCUGAUGGUGGUCAGCCAAAGCAACAAAAAUCAAAGGAAUCAUCAAAUGCAGUUAGCGCAAAAUCAUCGAACAUCUUGAAGGAAAAUCCAGCCAGCAGCAUUAAGGAGGUACCAGUUUCGCGGCAGCUAAGGAGGCUCUAGUGUUCAUGAUUGCAAAGGACAAUAUGCCCCUCUCCACGACCCAGAGAGAGGGAUUCCAAACUUUCUGCCACACACUGCAGCCGAACUUCAAGCUGCCGUGCUCGAGCAUGGUCACCAAAGAAGUUGAAAUGUCGUAUGAGAGGCUCCGGGAGAAGUUUGCAGCAAAGUUGUCUGUCAUGGAAUCCCUCACAAUGACAGCCGAUAUAUGGACAUCCCAGGCAAUGAAAUCAUUCCUGGGAGUAACAGCGCAUUUCCCAGAAAAAAAGGAAAAUCAUCUCUAUAGAGCUGUGUGCAAAGCCUCUGAAGCAAAGAUGCUCAAGCGUCAACCUUUUUAAGGCCCUUCAAGACGUGCUCUCUGAAUGGGGCAUAAAUGUUCAGGCCGUAAUCGGAGUUGUGACUGACCAGACUGACGGUGGGGCCAACAUUGUGGGAGCUGUGAAGGAGGUGUUU